AUCUUGUAUUCUCUCUGGUGUCACCUGCAGCUGCAUGGCUGGCUUUAUGUACCGAUAUAAAGGUUUCACAAGAAUUGUGUUCCUUCCUUACUUUUUCUCUUGCUAUGAUAAACCUCUCCCACCCACAACUGGGCUCUGGAAAAUUCGUUCUCUGUCUCAUUUCCUCACCACCUUUCUUAUCUAAUCUUGGCUGCUUCAGUCUUACUCAAGACUAAAGUCAAGUAUUGUAGCAGAAAGCAUAACUAGGCCAACUUUUCCAUAUAGAAAUCUUGGUUUUCUGCUUGAAGGAUUCGGUAUUAAAGGACAUACAAUUGGACUGAGAGCUCAUAAAAUUGGUAUUGGCGGUUGGGUUCUAGAGUGAGCGUAUGCCUGAGAACAAGUACAACGGUAAUUCGACCCAUAUACCAACUCGUCUCGAACGCCUCUUGAGGGAAAGAGAACGCCUCUUGAGGGAAAAAGAGCUAAGGGAGCAAAGGAAAAGCAGCAGGGCUUCCCAUUCAAAUGAGGUGAUUGAUAAUCAUAGGGGGGUUGAAGUAUCUGAGAAUGGCCCACGUUUUAGAGAAGGUGACCACUCUGGGGUUGCUUUGGUCGAACAAUACUUGGAAGAGGCUGCAGCUGCAAGGGCACUGGUUGAGGGAUGCGAAAGACCAGAUGGAAGGCCUGAAAGGCAACGACUGUUGGUAGUGGCCAAUAGGCUUCCAGUUUCUGCAGUUAGGAGAGGUGAAGACUCAUGGUCUCUGGAUAUAAGUGCUGGAGGUCUAGUUACUGCUCUAUUGGGUGUUAAGGAGUUUGAGGCAAGGUGGAUUGGAUGGGCUGGCGUAAAUGUUCCAGAUGAGAUUGGACAGAAGGCACUUACUAAAGCUUUAGCUGAAAAGAGGUGUAUCCCUGUCUUCCUUGAUGAAGAGAUUGUUCAUCAGUACUACAAUGGUUAUUGUAACAACAUCUUGUGGCCUCUUUUUCACUACCUUGGACUUCCACAAGAAGAUCGCCUUGCUACCACAAGGAGUUUCCAGUCUCAGUUUGCUGCAUACAAGAAAGCAAAUCAAAUGUUUGCUGAUGUUGUAAAUACGCACUAUGAAGAGGGUGAUGUUGUCUGGUGCCAUGAUUACCACCUCAUGUAUCUUCCAGAAUGCCUGAAGAAAUACAACACGAAGAUGAAAGUUGGUUGGUUUCUCCAUACGCCAUUCCCUUCUUCUGAAAUUCAUAGGACACUGCCAUCCAGAUCUGAGCUGUUGCGUUCAGUUCUUGCUGCUGACUUGGUUGGUUUUCAUACCUAUGACUAUGCUAGACAUUUUGUUAGUGCUUGUACUCGAAUUCUGGGACUUGAGGGGACACCUGAAGGGGUUGAGGAUCAGGGGAGGCUAACUCGUGUUGCUGCUUUUCCUAUUGGGAUAGACUCAGAUCGUUUCAUACGUGCACUUGAGCUUCCUCAAGUCCAGGAACACAUCAAAGAAUUAAAAGAAAGGUUUGCUGGAAGAAAGGUAAUGCUUGGUGUUGAUCGUCUUGAUAUGAUUAAAGGAAUCCCCCAAAAGAUAUUGGCAUUUGAAAAGUUCCUUGAGGAAAAUUCUACCUGGCAUGAAAAAGUGGUUUUGCUGCAAAUUGCAGUGCCAACAAGAACUGAUGUUCCUGAGUACCAAAAACUUACAAGCCAGGUUCAUGAAAUUGUUGGCCGUAUUAAUGGUCGAUUUGGGACAUUGACUGCAGUUCCAAUCCAUCACCUGGAUCGUUCUCUUGACUUUCCGAAACUCUGUGCAUUAUAUGCUGUUACGGAUGUAGCACUUGUCACAUCUUUAAGGGAUGGCAUGAACCUUGUCAGUUAUGAGUUUGUUGCUUGCCAAGAUGCAAAGAAAGGGGUCCUCAUUCUCAGUGAAUUUGCAGGUGCUGCACAGUCUCUGGGUGCUGGAGCUAUCUUGGUAAAUCCUUGGAACAUCACUGAAGUGGCUGCUUCAAUUGGCCAGGCUUUGAAUAUGCACCCUGAAGAAAGGGAGAAGCGACAUCGCCACAAUUUUCAUCAUGUGACAACCCACACAGCUCAAGAAUGGGCUGAAACAUUUGUAAGUGAACUGAAUGAUACCGUUGUUGAAGCUCAACUAAGGACAAGCAAAGUGCCUCCUGAGCUUCCACAAAAUGAUGCAAUGGAAUGUUAUUUACAGUCUAGCAAUCGAUUGCUGAUACUGGGUUUUAAUGCAACAUUAACUGAACCGGUGGAUACUCCUGGGAGUAGAGGUGAUCAAAUCAAAGAAAUGGAACUUAAAUUGCAUCCGGAAAUAAAAGUACCCUUAACAGCACUCUGUAAUGAUCCAAAGACAACAGUAGUCGUCCUCAGUGGGAGUGACAGCCGUGUCUUGGAUAAGAACUUUGGGGAGUAUGACAUGUGGUUGGCCGCAGAAAAUGGGAUGUUUCUACGCCAUACAAAGGGAGACUGGAUGACAACCAUGCCAGAGCUCUUGAAUAUGGAAUGGGUUGACAGUGUGAAGCAUGUUUUUGAAUAUUUCACAGAAAGAACACCUAGAUCACAUUUCGACUUCCGUGAUACAUCACUUGUAUGGAAUUACAAGUAUGCAGACGUUGAGUUUGGAAGAAUUCAAGCAAGGGAUAUGCUGCAGCAUCUCUGGACUGGCCCAAUUUCUAAUGCAUCUGUUGAUGUUGUUCAAGGAAGCCGAUCAGUUGAGGUGCGAGCAGUUGGUGUUACAAAGGGGGCAGCUAUUGAUCGUAUUCUAGGAGAGAUAGUUCACAGUAAAUCAAUGACAACACCAAUUGAUUAUGUCCUUUGUGUUGGACAUUUUCUGGGGAAGGACGAAGAUGUGUACACCUUUUUCGAGCCAGAGCUGCCUUCUGACGUGACAAGUAUAACAAGAACCAAGCCAACUGACGGGCCAAGGUUACCUGCAGAGAGAAGAGCUGCUUUGAAGCUUCCAGCAAGCAGAAGUGGGGCAAAAUCAUCUCAAACAAAGACACAGCGACCACAGCCGGCUCCUGAUAGAAGAACUGGCAAUAAUCAUAGUAGUGGGAGUUUGCGGCGUCCAUCACCGGAAAAGAUUUCCUGGAGUGUACUCGAUCUCAAAGGAGAUAACUACUUCUCCUGUGCUGUUGGGCGGACUCGCACAUGUGCUCGAUAUCUGCUCGGGUCAUCAGAUGAUGUUGUCUCAUUUCUGAACAGACUGGCAAAUGCCUCUUCAUCAUGCAAUUCGUUUUCAGGUUUACAUGAGUAAACAGGAGUCUUCCUUAAAUGUUGGGGACCGAUCCUCCACCCUUCUCAGAGCAACUCUCCGGGCUGAAGAAAACUCUUGUUAAAUCACUUGCAUAACAGAAAAGCUUAGUAUUUUUCAAACUGAAAUUACAUGAACCACAGCAUUGUUGUCAGUUCAUAGAUGUUGAAGGAAACCAAUUCUAUAGUGACAAUUCCUGCAUCCAAUUAAUUACACAAGCACAGUUGUUUUACUAGCAUUUCAAAGCAUUUGAAUGGUAUUCACUUGAGAUUUUGAUA